AUGGAUAUUGGUGGCCUAACUACAGUGGUGGCCAACUCUGCUUACAUUUCAGCCCGUGGGAGUUUUGAUGGUACUGCCAACCCUGCUGCAAACCGGGACAAGAGGUACCACUCGCGCCUCAAGCUUCCCCACAUCACAGUUUGCGAAGGUCUAAGAGAGACCCUGGACCUGGGUUUUCAAACAGUCUGCGUGGAUCAACCUAUAGGAAAGAAGCUUUUCCAGGAGUUCUUGGACUCGGCUCCGGAGUACAAGGGCCCAUGUCGCCUGUGGAAAGAUAUAGAGGAGUACAACUCAGCAGAAGAUGACGAACGUUUGCAGAAAGCCAUCAAGAUCUUGUCACGUUACAUGGAACCAGGUGCUAAGUAUUUCUGCCCAUUUUUACCUGAAAAUGAUAUCACAAAAGUCAAAGAAAAGCAUCAAGAGGCAGGAGACGACCUGUUCACUGAGACCAUGGAAAGUGUAAUGGACUUUUUGAAGGAAGUGCCGUACACCUUCUUCUUGGAGAGCCUGUUUCUGAAGAGGUUCCUGCAAUGGAAGUGGCUUGAGAUGCAGCCCGUGAACGAGGAAUGGUUUUUAGACUUCAGAGUCUUGGGGAAAGGGGGCUUUGGAGAGGUGUCAGCGUGUCAAAUGAAGGCCACGGGUAAACUGUACGCCUGCAAGAAACUCAACAAGAAGAGACUCAAGAAGAGGAAAGGCUAUGAGGGGGCGAUGGUGGAGAAGAGGGUCCUGGCCCGCGUGCACAGCAGGUUCAUCGUGUCUUUGGCUUAUGCCUUUCAGUCCAAAACAGAGCUGUGUUUAGUGAUGACCAUCAUGAACGGAGGAGACCUCAGGUAUCACAUCUAUAACGUGGACGAGGAUAACCCAGGUUUUGAUGAGUCCAGAUCCUGUUAUUACGCAGCUCAGAUUAUCCAGGGCCUUGAGCACCUGCACCAGAAGAGGAUUGUCUACAGAGACCUCAAACCAGAGAACGUGCUGCUCGACAACCAAGGUCACGUUCGUAUUUCGGACCUGGGUUUGGCUGUGGAGCUGGCGGAUGACCAGACCAAAACUAAGGGCUAUGCUGGGACUCCAGGUUUCAUGGCGCCGGAGCUGCUCAAAGGAGAGGAGUAUGAUUACUCUGUGGACUACUUUACUUUGGGAGUGACUCUGUACGAGUUCAUGGCAGCUAAAGGACCCUACAGGAGCCGCGGAGAGAAGGUGGAGAACAAGGAGUUGAAGAAGCGUGUUUUGGAGGAGGCCGUGGUUUAUCCAGAGAAGUUCAGUGCAGACGCCCGGUCGGUCUGUGAGGGUCUGCUGCAAAGAGAGGUGGACAAACGUCUGGGCUUCAGGAACCAGUCGUGUGAUGAGCUGCGAGCGCAUCCUUUCUUCAGCAGCAUCAACUGGAGGAAACUUAAUGCAGGGAUCCUUCCUCCUCCUUUUGUGCCAGACUCCAAAACUGUUUAUGCCAAAGACCUCGACGAUGUUGGGGCGUUUUCUACUGUCAAAGGAGUUCAGCUGGACAACAAGGAUAACGACUUCUUUGAUGAGUUUUCUUCUGGGAACAUUGCCAUCCCGUGGCAGGAGGAGAUGAUCGAGACUGGGAUCUACGGCGAGCUCACGGUCUGGGGUCCGGGGGGUGCACUGCCCAACGACCUGCGGCGAGAAUCUAUCCUGGAGCAGCCCAAGUCCUCCACCUGCAGCCUGUCAUGA